CAAAUAUGGGCGACAACUCUACCAGCGUCUGUGGAGGCCUGGGGUCAAAUGACUCUGGGGCGGGGUUAGCAUUCGACACCCACAGAGCUGCAGACGACCUGACCGUCAGAGACGACGCCACGUGGUUGUUGUCCAGCUCCUUCAUCAUCUUCACCAUGCAAUCAGGGUUCGGGCUGCUAGAAAGUGGGUGUGUCAGCUCCAAGAACGAGGUGAACAUCAUGGCGAAGAACGUGGCUGACGUCGUCUUUGGCGGCCUGUCCUAUUGGAUGUUGGGCUACGGCUUCAGCUUCGGCAACGGUACUGGCACCAACGGCUUCUGCGGCGUCGGGAAAUUUUUCAUCGACCCCGGCGUCGACUCGAUGGGGGAGGACUUCUCCCGCUUCAUCUUUCAAAGUUCGUUUGCGACUACAGCAACUACGAUAGUUUCUGGUGCCAUAGCUGAGCGCAGCAAAUACCUUGCUUACGUCAUCUUCUCAUUCUUCAACACGUUCAUCUUUUGUUUUCCCGCCCACUGGGUGUGGUCACAACACGGGUGGCUGCACCAGAUGGGCGUGAUUGACAUGGCUGGGGACGGCCCAGUGCACAUCGUGGGGGGCAUGACGUCACUCGUUGCCGCCCUGAUGAUCAAGCCGAGGGCCAAGAGGUUUACGUCACAAGAUGACCACGAGAUGGGCUCAGCCAGCAGCGCCUUACUGGGGCUCUUCAUUCUUUGGUGGGGCUGGCUGGCAUUUAACUGUGGCAGCACCUACGGUAUAUCAGGUGGCAAGUGGAAGCUGGCUACCAGAGCUGGUGCCACUACGCUAAUGUCAGCAUAUUCAGGCGCCAUCCUGGCUUUCAUAUGUAGCUACGUUGUGAACAAAAGAAAGUUUUGUAUCCCCUGGAUCAUCAACGGUGUGUUGGCUGGUCUAGUCUCAAUCACUGCCACCUGUGCCGUGACGGGGAUCUGGGAGGCGCUGGUCAUUGGUGGGGCGGGGAGCUGCCUGGUGCUCCUGGGUGACGCCCUCCUGGUCAGGCUGCACGUCGAUGACCCAGUCAGCGCCAUAGCCGUCCAUUUUGUGGGCGGUGUCUGGGGUCUGAUAGCAGCCGGGAUAUUUGCUCACGAGGACACUGUGACCUACAAGUAUUUUGGGAACUACGGCCUGGUCAAGGGUGGAGGCUUCUACCUGCUAGGUGUACAGUGCCUGUCUGUUGUGUCCAUCACGGCAUGGACGGCUGUGACCUCUGGAAUUCUACUCAAGGUCAUUGACCUGACCGUGGGGCUCAGAUUGUCGCCUGCUGGUGAAGACGUUGGUGCGGAUCUUACAGACCACAAUAUCAGGUCGUUUAACUCUGCCCAUAGAAUCCAACAUUUGUCUGCCCUCAAUGUGCUGUUGGAGAAAAUUGAGCAAGGUCAAGGCCUAGAGGACAACAUGUUUGGACCAUCGCGAACUAAUUCCGACUUUAUCAAGGUCAAUAGGUGCAAGAUGAACACAACUGAUCUACAUGAAACAAGUCAGACAAUCAUCUUGGAUCAGUUGUCCACAACAGAACUGCAUAAAAACCAAUGCGAGUUUCAGUUCACGGGCGAUGACGUCAUCUCCUCGAUUGAAACUCGACCGUUAGAAAAGUCGAAGCGAUGCACGGGUGUAAGGACACCAAAGCCACGGAACAAUUCUAGUGUUUCUAGCCUGACGUCUAAACUCACACCCAGAGUGCAUUUUAGACAGGAAGUAACGUUUAAUGACCUCCCCCUGUCCCCUGACGUCAUGUAUUAGGU